AUGGAAGAACACUUUGAAUUACUACCUUUUGGGCAGUAUUUACUUUCAAACAUUGAUAUUCCAUACCAAGAAUAUAUAAGGAAACAUCUUUUUUAUUCUUUAAGAGAUAUUUUAAAGACUCGCUCUGAAUACUUAAAAUCUCUUGCAAUUCGAGACACAAUUAGUCAGCAGAUUAGUGAAAACAUUGCCAAAUACUUGCAAUACUUCCACACAAUCACAUCUUCGUUCUCAAAUGCCGUAGAAAUUGAGCAAAACACAAUUUCAGGAAAAAUUCCAGAAAGAUCAACUGAUUUACUCAAAUAUUUAACAGAUAUCAUUAAUUUAAUGGCCACACAGAAGAAAUACAUCGGAAAAGUUUACGUUGAGACCCUUUUUGAUGAAUUUGCCGUCAUCAAGCCGAAAUCACUUGAAGAAUCCGUGGCAUACGCAUUCGCACAGUUCUCUGUUGGCUCCCAUUUGACAAAUGGACUCAAUAUCUGUGUUGAUUCCCUUUAUAAUUUGAUUCAAUUGGACCAAUCCGCAAAAUCAUACACGAACAUCAACAUUGUUUACAAACCAAAGACUAUAGGAGACUUCGAACCACUUACUAUCGUCGAAGUUGACUCAAAAACAAUAGAAUACGUGACACAAUCAGUUUCAUUACAAAUUUUCGACAUCGCGACCGAAAUAAUACAAAAUAGGUCAUAUAACAUGAUCGAAUACGCCGAAGAACAGCUCGAAAUCUGUGUUCGUAUACUUCAAAAAUGCGAACAACUCGAAAAAACCAAAAUUACAGUUACUUCUGCCAUUUUAAGAUGCGUAGCCUUAUACUUACACAUCUACUCUUACAGACCAAUGCAAACUCCUAUCAAUAUUACAUUAAUUUCUCGACUUAUCAACACAAUUAUUUUUGCUUCACAAUUUUCAGAGGCAAAGACCAUUUAUCAGAGUCUCUGCUUGAUUGUCGCUCUCGUGCCACGCGAUAUUUACUCUCCGGAGCUUUGCCAAGCAGUUUUUCCAAAAAUUCAGAAAGAUGUAAAGAAAUACAUAACAGAUUCAGUAUCCAACAACCCACAGCUCAUAUACUCAGCCAUUUACACGACAGAUUACCUAUCACAAGAUGAUAUUAUGCCAUUAAUUGAAGUUAUUCCGUUUGUUAACACGAUUUUUAAGGUAGAUGGGCCAUUAAAGCCCAUUAUAUCGAAAGUAUUUGAGUUAUUCGAGGCAAAUCCGAACUUCUCUCUGCUUAAAAUGAUAAUUGAACAAACAUCUUGCAUUACUGGUGCUCCUUUCAUAGCUAUGGAGUUCAUUAAACAGACAAAAUUGCAUUUGGCAAGUAUUUUAAAGGUUUUGGAAGGCGAUAAAGUGUUUUCAGGAUAUUAUAUGUUAAUUCUCGCUCAUUUUGUUGACGAUUGCAUACAAAGUAUCAGUGUAUCUCAGAGAGAACUCCAAAUCGCUCCAUUUGCCGAUUUCGUUAUCCGUAACAAAGACUUAGUACCGUUCGAAUCCGCAAAUUUACCAAAAACAAUCGUAGACAUUUUUCAGAACCACUUAUCGUCCGAAAUUGAAUACACUAUUCAAUAUUUGAGUACUUCAAUUCCCUUCAUCCAAAAGAAAGCACCAGCAAAGGAAAUAUUCGAGAAUGAGAUGAAAUUCCUUGCCGCUUUGUUACAUGGAGCGAAAUUAACUGAAGAAUUCGAAAAAUUCUCAAAUAAGAUCUUCCAAGAGAAGAAAGUUGCAAAGCCACGUGAUUCUUCAGAAGUUCCACUUAAUAUCAAGGAGUUAUGGAAGAAAGUCUACGUAAUGAGAAGAUUAUUGAUGAAUUCUUACCAAUAUUACACAGCUGAGAGCAAGGCGUCAACACUCAAAGGCAACUUUAUGGAUUUGUCGAAGGAUAUCACUGAAAAAUCCAAGUUAAUCCUCACAAGUAAGAAUUUAGAUUUUGGACAAGAGAAUAAGAUCGAACAAAUCACUAAAUUCAUUACGUGUGAGUUCAGAAUGGAAGAUAUCAACGAGAUUAUCAAUCUCAUGCAUCAAAGAGACAAGAUUCGCAUUCAUGCACUUGGAUUUGUGCCAAAAGUAGCUCCGGAGCUCAGAACUGAUGAUGAAUUCUACUUUAUCUCCAACAUGCAGAACGAUUUCCACAUAAAUGACACUAAAAACUCAGAAGUUCUGAAUAAAAUUUCAGAAUUAGAGAAAUUCAUGCAAAAUAGAUCAACACAAGUCUCAUACGAAGUCACCACAUCCUAUUCCAUGCACGCUUUCUCACCUCUUGACGUUCUAAUCCACUCAGUCAAGACAUGUAAAAACGAAAUCGUUGUAAACUGCGCUUGGUAUGCGAUUUACAGGAACACAUUGAUGUCCAAUGACAUGUCCUACAUCAAUGGCCUUAUAGAACUCGGCAGGGACUUCACAAUUGAGAAACAUCAGUUAUUAUCUCUUUCAAUUCUGCAAAGAUUGGACAUUGCGCCCGUAGAAAUCCAAAAGCUCAUGGAGAAAUUCAUGAAAUACAAAGAUGAGCCCCUCUACAUCUUUUUGUCUUCAAUCGCGGCCGGACAUUUCGACAGUGACCUCACUUCCAUUCCGAAAUUAACCCCUAUGAUGUUAUCUUCGAUCGGAGAAUUCGCUGUUGGAGGCCCAGGAAUCAUUACUGUCGUUGAAGAAAUGGUAAAUUUCAUUAGAACUCAUAUCCAAGAAAACCGUCCGGCCAAACCGUCAAUAACCGCUUGUUUACAUGACAGUUUAUCAAAAUUAUCAAAGAACAUGCCAUCAGAAACAAUUGGUGCUUUGAUCGUUCUCGGUUUUGGCGGUUUGCCACCACAAUUGUCACGUUUUUAUAAAGGUGACAAAGAAUAUUCACUUUUAUCGAAACCAUUGAAAUCCUUUUCAAGUUGCAGAGUAUUAGCAAAUGAAAAAGAUUUCGAGAUCACGAAAGAAGAAGCUAAAUUGAUUGAAACAACAUUACAACAAAUUUUGGCUUCUUUGAACUCAUCUAAUUUGUCUGCUUCCACUAUUAUUUCGUAUCAGAUUUUCUUGUGUUCUAUUCCUAUUUUGGUUGAAAAUGAAAAUAACGCAAAACUGUUUUCCAACGGUUUUAUUCAAAAUUUGAUUGAUCUUUCUGUGAAAGAUUGUGGCCAAGUCGAGCAUUUGAGUGGUUUGAUUGACUAUUUCGGCUGGCUAUCGAAUACUUUGCAGUACGUCAAUUUCAAUCUUUUCCAGCCAAAGAACACUUUCUUUACACCAAUGGGAAUAAAUCCUGAUACAAAACAAACAAUUUUCAUUUCAAGAAAAGUGUCAAUUGAUGAAAGUUUUUCAUUCAAAAUGACAUUUAAUGACGCGAAAGAGAAUUGUUUCAUCGGUUUCACGUUCGCUGAUGCGAUGACUGACAAGAUAACAGCAAAAGGAAUAUCAAUACACGAGAAACAAUACAAUGUUCCUUUUGAUAAAGGUUUGUUAACUUUGUCAGUGGAAAAUAUUGAGAUAAAAAGUGACAUUUUCUUUGUGUUGAUCUCAUCUAGUUUCGAUAAUUGCACAGUCCAAACAGAGCUUGCAAAUGCAACAAGUGAAACUAUAAGUCCAUUAGAAACUGUUGAAUUUUCAACGACACUUUUUGGAUGUCACGUUUUUACUCAAAGUAUUCCAUGUGUUGUUACAGAGAGAAGUUCACAAAGAAUCUGUGUUCACGCAGGAAAUAGAAGGAUCUUGCAAGUCAAAGAAAGAUAUUGCACAACAAUUCCUGAACCUUUGACAACAGUUAUGAAUAGAAUCAAAGCAAAAGAUCAGAAACCAAAUAUCAAAGAAUGUAUUCAAAAAUUGAAUUUGCUCUCAAUUUUGUUAGCGAGAUUAACGGUUUGCAGUUUUUGGAGAUAUAAUUUAGCAAAGUUAGAAGAGAGUUUAUUUAUAUUUAAGUUUGUUUUCUCUUUCUUUAAGUUCAAUCUCAGUUUGAACUCAUUUUCUUCCGAAGAAAAUUUCCAGAAAUUAUCUCCUCUUAAUUUGAAAUCUUACAAAUGCUUCAUUAAAGAGAAAAUUUCUGAUCCAAAGAUAUUUGAGAAGGUCUGUUUGGUCGGUGUCAAUUUACUUGAUCAAUCCAUAGUUGACAACGAAUACAUUACAUUUAAUGAAGAGUUUUCUACUCCGCCAGAUACAGCUUUGCUUUUCCCUGAAAAACGUGAAAAAUUUGACAAAGAUUAUUAUUUGCCACCUGUUGUCACUUUUAAGAAUGAAAGUCAUGAGAAUCUUAUAUUAGUUCGGCAGCACUCUAUAGAGAAAAGUGAUUCGAAUAUCUAUAUCACAUCGAAUCUCUUGAAAUUGUUUAAAUACACAGGACCUGGUUUAUUAGGUGUUUAUUGCAAGACAAUCUUUCCAAAAUUAGUUGGAAAUAGUUUGUUUAUCAAAGUGAUUUUCGAACGUAUUAAAUCAAAUAAGAAAUUACUGUUUAAUACUGCAAGAAUCUUAGUUCCUGCUCCAAAACAAAUCGAAGGAAUUUUGGCAGAACCGCUUUUAUCGUCUAUUGAAUUAAUUUCUGUAUGGACAAAAAUUAAAUUUAUGCUGUUUGAAGAUAAUUUGAUUGACUUCGAAAAGAACUUUAAAGAAAGGCCAGAUCCUCUUGAUGAUAAUUUGUUUGGUGGAUCGCAAUUCUCUAGUUUGAUUGAUGCUUUUGUUAUUCAAGGAAUGAUCAGUGACCAAUCAAUUGGAAUUCCAAGAUAUCCAAUGUAUUUGUUCGCAAAAUUAUGGACGCAGCCUAAAUAUGUAACUUAUGAUUUGACUUCUUCUAAAACUAUCAAGGAUUUGACACCGAGUGUCGCUGAAAUCUCUUUGAUUAAAUUCAGCGGAGAAGGACAAAUCGAGUUGCAAAUGGCCGACAAAAAACAAAUUUUGCAGUUGAAUAAGCCGGUGAAAAUCGGAAGAGUUAAAGAAGUUAGAAUUAAUCUUAUAGGAACAAAAGGAAAAGUUGCUGUUAUACAAGUAAGUGAUUUAACAAAACCAGGUCAAGAAUUACCAAGAAACUUUAGAUCUCUUAUAAACAGGGCUGAGAAAUACUACAGUUUCAUGAAUGAUUUGAUUUUGGCUGAUGCGACAAGAAUGGAUAAAAUUGUUCCUAUUUUCCCAGGAAUUGAUCCGACAUUGACACAAAUCAGAGGAAAAAUCAUGAAAAUGCUGACAUUAGUUCUCUCGAAAUAUAAUUUCGGAAUGCCGAUGUCAAUAGAAAAAGCCGCUGAACAGAUUGUUGCAAUGUUCGUUCAAAGCGUGAAACAGAGAUUAGAAAAGAUUGUUGUAACUAAAGGUCAUUUCAUUAAAUUCGACAGAUUCAAAGCUUACAUGGCUUAUACUGGCGAAAAAGGAAUGACAAUGUUUAGACAACUAAAUGCGGAAUUGAGGUCAAGACAAGGCGCUAUCACUUCUUUGGCUUAUUUCACAACAGACUGGAGAGUAGAACUCAAAGGAGAAGGUGCUAUUGACCAAGGUGGUCCACGUCGUGAAGUCUUCGAUAUGUUGUGCGAUGAAAUUAUUACUUAUGAUAAUAUUUUCAUCGAAUCUCCUGCUUCAGCUGAAUUCCACGAAGGAAUUAAGAUUCCGUCGCCAAAAGCAAACUACAGAGACUUGAAAUACGCUGGAACAAUCAUGGCUGCAACAGUAAAUCUCGAGGCACAACAGCCAUUUAGACUCGAGCCUUUCAUUUGGAGAAUGUUGUGUGGUGAAGAAAUGACAGAAAAUGACAUGUUCGAGAUUGACCAUGAACUAAAGAAUUCUUACCACGCGAUAUUGGACGGAUACAAUGGAAAACUGAACAUGAAAUCUGUGAUGGGAGAUGUUUUGUUCUCAUACACUUUCACACCGAAAAUUGGUCAGCAACAGAGAGAAAACAUUGCAAAACAUAUGGUCCAAGAACGUAUGAAAGAAAUGAAGAAAGCAAUGGAACCAUUCAUGGCUGGUUUCUACACAAUCAUUCCAGAGAACCUUUGCAAGACAGUUCACGCAACAAUCUUGGAAUCAAUUGUUUGCAAAGAAAGAGAAGUCUCCGUCAAAGAGUUCUUGGAUCACACGGUUCUACAUGGAACUCCUGAAAACAAGAAGAUGUUUGUUGAUGCAUUGAACAUGCUUUCUAACGAGAAGAGAAUCAAAUUGAUCAAGUUCACAACAGGAUCAACUUCUCUUCCAGUUGGAAAGAAGAUGGAUGUAAGAAUUGUUUUCUCUGAAGAUCAAGAUAAAAAUGACUUCAGAAAUGCUCCUCUUCCUCAUGCAGGAACUUGUUUCUUGUCUCUUGUUAUGCCUGGCUACAAGAAUGCUGAAGUCAUGGCUGCAAAAAUCAUCACUGCUAUCGAAUACUCAAGUAUUAUUACUGAUACUGAUAUCGAUGCUUCGAUGAUUGAAGACAACGUUGACAGUCCAACUUAUGUUGUACCUGCUAAUAGACAUUAA